UAGUUUUAUAAAUGUCUGAAGCAAACAUGCUAAAAUUUAUUAUUCAUUGUGUAUUGUGUUUUAUUAUCUUUAACGAUACGUCUGGAAAGCCUGUUAGCAAUGAUACUGAGCUGGGGGUCUAUGUGCCAUUGGAGACUGAUGUCAAAAAUAAUAAACAAUAUUAUUUUGGGAUUGUUUAUAAGGGCAAUAUUUUCCAAGCUAUUCAAUACUGCAACUACCACAAUAUGGAGUUGUUGAGUAUAGAGACGCCAGAGGAAAACACCUUCUUAUUUGAUACUCUCGUUAACUUCAUUGGGACCGGACGAUAUGGGUUUUGGACAUCGGGUACACUCCUACCGGAAAACCACUGGGUUUGGCUUUCCACCGGAAAACCAGUAGUGCACCCUAGCUGGGCCACAGCUCCUUAUAACACAAAUAAGAGCUGCAUAGACGUAAACUAUAUCAAAACUAGUAAAGCUCUUGUGUGGGCUGACGCCAAAUGUAACGACGCACGGCAUGUCAUUUGUGAAACACGGAACACCAAGAGUUUAGAUUGACACGUUGUCGGACCACAGAGCCCACAUUUGACAACUUAAAAAUAUACCUUGUCUUGUGCCAAACUUUUAUGUAUAUUCUGAUUUUAAUGCUAUGAUACCUCGCUCAAUGUAAUUGAUACUAAAUGCCUAUGUCGUAUAA